UGUACAUGGAAAGUUUCGAUAUGUGGUGACAUAAAUAAAUUAUUACCUUAGUUUUUUGUUGUUUUCGAGUGUAAUUUACGUUGGUAAGAUGGAUUUUGGUCAGUUACUGCAUACAGCGCAAAAAAAUGAGAAGACAAAUAAAAAUGGGGUUCGAUAUUAUAGCACUAAGUUCGAACCUCCCAAAAAAGAAAAAAAGGCUAAAGAAUUGUCUAACAAUAUAAAGAAAUUUUUGGCCAGAAAAGAAGCAGAAGAAAAAUCAAAAGCGGAACAAGAGAAGAAAAAGAGGGAAGAAUUAUUAGCAUUAAGGGCACAGGAUAAAAAGGCAACUCGCCGUGUAAAUGUUAUGCUGAAAAGAACCAAAUCAGCAAAUCAGUCGGUAAUCCAAGAUGCCGUAGAUAACGACAACACAGCUGUAACAUUGGCUGGUCCCAUGCAACCCGAUGAAGAUGAUUACGGAUAUGUUUCACAGGAAGCAUCUGCAUUUUACAAUAAAAUGAUGGAAAAGUACAGUAAGAUGCCAGACGAACCCAAAUUCGAUCCGGCCAAAAAGAAAGUGAGUACAAAUCUAAGCAACACUAAAGAUAGGGUAAAAGCUGCUCUGGAGAAAGAACGAGAAGAUGCUUUGUUACCUCAUAAGAGAAAAAGAAAACAUAAAGAACAUAAGGAUGACGACGACGAAGAUGGAAUUAGUUAUGGUCGACCAGAUCAACCAGAUGAGUACAAGUCUACAUCACCUCUACCGCCACCUCCGCCAAAAAAACAUAAACCAGCUCCUCCUCUCAUGAAUUUUGCUGAUUUAUUGAAAAUUGCUGAAAAGAAGCAAUUCGAACCAAUAGUUAUAGAGAAAAAAGAGAAAGAGGAGGAAAAAUUGUUGACCAAAAGACAGAGAAAGGAAAUAGAAAAGGAAAAGGAAUAUCUUCAACGCAAGGAAGCUAGAAAAAUGUCAGAAAGUAAACCAAACGGUUCAAGUAGUAACAGAAUUCCAAAACUUGGGGAUAAAUCUAUGAAACAUCCCGAUCGAAGACCACAAAGCUCGGAUGGUCGUAUUCCUAAAGUAAACAGUGCCCAACACUCCAACCCUAAGCUUACUAGUCACCCAAGUGCUAAACCCUACUCAACCAAUUCUAAAGAAACUAUAAGGAAACCAUCUACAUCCUCGGUUCCAGACAGACCUACACCAAUUCCGGAUAAAAUUCGGCCACCUAAUCCAGUUCCCUCAAAGUCUAGACCUCCUAAUAGCACCAAACCAACCGUUCGGGAACAAGAAAACUAUAAAAAUAGCACCAAUAACAUGAACAGCCUUAAAGACAGAUCAAAACCGUCAAUGAACGAUAAAGUUAGAGAAGCACCAUCGAAAGAUCUGACACCUAAAAAGACACAACCGGAAGAACCACAGAGAAGAUACUUACCUGGCGACAUUCGGUAUAAACCUCCAACGGACGCUAAACCCAAACAGUUACCACCGACUGAUAUCAAAUCUAAGAAUAAGCAAAUCCCUGUGAAGGACUCCAAGCCCAAACAGUUCCCGCCUAAUGACCUUAAACCAAAACAGUUCCCGUCUAAUGACCUUAAACCAAAACAGUUCCCGCCUAAUGACCUUAAACCAAAACAGUUCCCGCCCAGCGAUCUUAAGCUGAAACAGUUUCCUCCGAAGGAUCUGAAACCCAGGCAGUUCCCACCGCCGGAUGUCCGGAGGAAAGAGUUGCCCAAGAAGAGACCUAUUAUGGUUAAAAAAGGGAGGAUAUUGGAUGACGAGGACAGCGAGUAUGAUUCUGAAAUGGACGAUUUCAUCGACGACGAUGAGCCUGACGAAGACUACUCCAGGUACAUCAGCGAAAUAUUUGGUUACGAUAAAUCGAGAUACCGAAAUAUGGACGACGACGUCGAUAAUAUGGAGUCUUCGUUUGCACAACAGAUGAGGGAGGAGGUCAUCAGUACAAAGAUAGGUAUAAUGGAGGAUCUGGAAGAUAUGAAGAAAGAAGAAGAGGAAAAGAGGCGAAAAGCCUUGAUAAAAAAAAAGAAAAAGUAAUAGUUGGGAUUUCUUAGUCCCGAGUUGGGUAAAUUAGAGGGUUAUUUAUACAAUGUGAUUAAACAUAUUUGAGUUGUGAUAAGAAUUAAUUUUUGUUAUUUAUAUGAAUUUUAAAUAUUGCGGAUCAUAUUAUAUCAAUUUAGCCGUUUGUAUAUACUUAUAAUGAAUAUUAAAGUGUCAUUAAUUUUUACUAUUUUUUUCUAC